AUGUCCUGCACCUCACCCUUCUCUUUCACUCUCAUGAGGAAAACGCUUCCCAUUUAUUAUUCUUCGUCUUCUCCUUCUUCGUUCCUUUCCCAUGGCGAAUUCCUCCCGUUUAAAAACUCUGCGCCUCUCUCGCGUUUUCUGCUUGUCGGGGACUCGCCGGAGUUUCCCCAAAAGAGCCCCAUUCCGGAGCCUUCUGUCCCCCUCGAAGUUCCUCAAAUUUCGAUUUCUCCAGCGAUUGACCCGAUCACUCCGCCAGAGCUUCCGCCAAUAACUCCCGGGCCGGAUUUUCCUGGAUUACCGUCUCCCUUGCCUCCCGGACCCGACUUACCAGUUCCGCCGGUUCCAUCCCCUCCAGGCAUCGACGUACCCAUACCACCCCAUAAGCCUCCAGAUAUAGAGCCGCCAAGGCCUGGGUCGCCGGUGCCAGAACCGGACAUAUUACCGCCGCCGCCACCGGAGUUUCCGCCACCGAGGCCUCCCGGUCCGGAGAUAUUGACGUCACCGUCUUCCCCUGAUAUUCCUCCGGUAGCUAUGUUUUGA